AUGCUCGUCAUCAGACUGACCCUCGUCAUCCUCCUGGCGGCGCUCGCGGGAGCUAUUCCCUUGCGUCUCAGCAACAUCAUCGGCCCCUCCGACGCCAUCACUCCAAACGGCAGUACCCUCCCCAGCAACCCCUAUGAAACUACGGACACCAUUCCCACGCUGCUCGGACGCGAUCCCGCCAUCGACAAAAACGGCCAUCUCGCACCCCUCAUUAUCGCCCUAAUCGCCAUCACCGUGGUCCUCUGCUUCAUCGGAAUCCUAGUCACCUGGACACGUCUCGGCUUCGCCUACUGGAUCCGAAAACACGAACGCGACGGGGAACGCGCCCGGCGACGACGGGAGUAUGCCUUUCACAAUCUCGGGCGUGCGGGGAUCGUCAUAUCUCGAGAAGAGGUCCAUCCGGCUAUGCGGGUUCACGAUGCGGAGCGUGGGCAUGAGCAGGUGCGACGCGACUAUAUGUCUGACUGCGGCCUGUUUGAUGAUUCCCUGGCUGGGUUCUGCGGCGUGUGUUGCUGGCCGUGCAAGAAGGGAACGGAGGCGUACUUCUCGCCGGCCGGCGGCCGUUAA